AUGUCAGACGCAGCUCCUAUCAAGACGCCCGCGUCCGCUGGUGUGACCCUGCCGAGAUCACUGAAUCUGCUUCAGACCUCUAUCGGAGAACUUUCUAGCCUUCUCGCUCAAGGCGCGAUCACGUCUGUGGAUCUAGUGAAGGCCUAUAUGUUCAACAUUGAGCAGAAUAAUGUCAACGGCCAAGAACUUCGCGCCAUUAUACAAGUGGCGCCACUUGACUCAGUGUUGAAGAUCGCCGAAGGCUUGGACCGGGAGCGACGCGAGGGGUCUGUCCGAGGUCCCUUGCACGGUAUUCCGAUCCUAGUCAAAGACAACAUUGCGACAGAUGUCGAGUUGGGGAUGAAGACCACAGCAGGUAGUACUGCACUUCAGCAGAGCGUAGUCCCAGGCGAUGCUGAGGUCAUCAAGCGGCUUCGGAAAGCUGGGGCAAUCAUACUCGCCAAAGCCAAUCUCUCGGAAUUGUCGAACUUCAAGGGACAGAAUACACCGCUCGGAUGGUCGGCCGUAGGCGGACAAUGUCGGUCUGCCUACGCUGCGGGUACCUCGGCCUGCGGCGGAAGUUCUGCGGGGAACGCCGUGGGACUCAGCGCUGGCUUCGGCGCUGCUGCUCUUUGCACGGAAACCUCGGGAUCUCUCAUUCAUCCCGCCAGUCGGGCUGCUUUGUACGGAGUCCGACCAACGACUGGUCUCGUCCCCAGUGACGGGGUGGUGCCCAUUAGUACAUGCCGAGAUUCUUUGGGGCCGAUGGGAUUCAGCGCGGCAGAUUGCGCGUUCAUGCUGGAUGGAAUGACGUUCGAUGACGGACGGUACGCCAAAGCCGCAAAUAUGCCGUUGAUGAAGGAUCUCAGACUCGGAUUGGUGAUCAGGAACUUUCUGGAGGAAGCAGACGGACGGGACAUUAUGCCCGACACCCCGGCCUCUAUCGAGACCGAAGUGAUAGCUGUGCGAUCGGCAGCGGCUCUCAUGGCGUCCUCCGGGGCUUCGAUAAUCGAGGUGAACAUGGAAACGAGCUAUGAGGAUUCCCAGACGCUUGUCAAGAGCGAGGAAGCCCUCUUUCAGAGCGAUUUCAAGGAGGACAUCAGUGUCUAUCUGGGGAAUCUGGUGGAGUCACCAAUUCUUGAUAUCGAGGAUCUGGUACAAUGGCACAUUGAUCAUGCGUCGGUUGAGCUUCCACCCUAUGCUCCCUCCCAAAGCCGCCUGAUUGCCUCGCUGAGCGCCCCCAGUCGGGAUUCUGACGUGUAUCGGCACAAUCAAGCGAUCUCGAAAAAGAUCGCCCGUACCAACGGUCUAGAUUAUAUCUUCGACAAAUUCAAUCUCGAUGCCGCUGUGUUUGCGGUGGAUCUCGGGCCGGCCCACAAAUACGUAUCAGCGGCAGGUUAUGCACUCGGGACCGCUCCGCUUGGGUAUGCCAAUAAUGGUGUUCCAUUUGGAAUUCUCUUUGCUGUCAGGGGAGGCGAGGAGGAGAGGCUCAUCAGUAUUCUGCAAGUAUUCAGUCGCUUAUAUCUGAAAUCUAGCUGA